CCGCACGCCGCGAUACCUCCGCCCGCGCGCGCGCGCGCGCGCACGCACGCGCCUGAUCAGAGCGACGACACACUUUCGCCGUCCGGUAUAAAGUCACUGCGAGCACGAGCCGGAAAACUGCCACAAAGAGGUGAAAAUGGCUGAAGACAUCCAGAGCAAACUGGAGCAGUACCGCACAGCUCCGUUUGACGCCAGAUUCCCGAACCAGAACCAGACCAGGAACUGCUGGUCCAACUACCUGGAUUAUCACCGCUGCCAAAAGGCCCUGGAUGCUAAAGGCGUAGACACCACCCCGUGUGACUGGUACAAGAGGGUCUACAAGUCACUCUGCCCCCUGUCCUGGGUGCAGAAAUGGGACGACCAACGAGAGGAGGGGACCUUCCCUGGAAAAAUCUGAGGCCCGCCGCCUUCAGAGAUGUAAUCUUUUCAGCUGGAUGUUUGUGCGUGUGCGCUGAGUGUGAGAGUCUGUCGGGCGGUUUUCUGCUCCGGCCCCCCGGAGCUCGUCCAAACUGAACGGUCAUUCCUUACAAACACCGGUGAAACCCGGCAGAUUCGACAUUAAAAUAUCUCAGGAUAUAUUUAUGGAGCUCACGUGUCUCCUGUGUGUUUCUUUAACUACCAGAGAAUAAUCGGGAAGGAUCGGGACAUUUGAAUCCUCGACACUGAGAAACAACCCAAACAACGCAAUUCACAUUUUUUUCCAUCGAGACGGGUGCUUUUAAAUUUAUUCAUUCAAAUAAACCUACAACAAAUAUACAUGUUUAAUCCAGAUUAAAAAAAUAAUUCAAUAAAGAAAUAUU